AUGCCUUUCGACAAACUGGUUGACGAGGAAUCGCCCGGAGACCCAAUUUGUCGAUAUUUAGAUACCCGACCAUUCAGUCGAUUCAUGGUAAUUCACGCCCCGGGAGGCGCCUCUAGUAAUAUCUUCCAACCCGUGAACGGUGUGAACGGCGGCUCCGAGGGCUCGGACCUGAACUCCAUCGACUCGGGAUCGCUGUCAUCGCUGCCCUCCACACCCGUCAACGGCAUGAAUGGCUCGACAAACGGCCACUUCUUCGGCGACACGAUGUCCGAGUGUUCGACCCCUCCGUCCAGCGCCUCAUCGAGUCGUCGGGGCUCCAGACAGGAGGACACGAAGAACCGUCUGUUCGGACCGGAGUUGGAGUCCCCCCGCAGACGAGUGGUCGACCGCAUGAAGUCCAACAUCUUCACCGAAAACAGCGCUCCUCUCAACGGAAAUGGAGGUCUCGUGCGCUCGGCGUCUGUCAAGAAAUACGAUUUCGGUUUGUCUUCAUAG